AUGGAUUGGUCGGCGAUCCUGAUCUCGUUGAUCGUGGAUUCCAGCUUGAAUCUGCUCAUGGCCAUCAUUCUCCUGUACGGCGCCUACUACGUACGUCUUCGCCUUCUCAACAAGAAGGUGUACUACGUGCCAUGGAUGUUGAAGACGGGAUUUUUGAUGCUGUGCAUGGUGGCUUUUGGGAUUUAUAACAUUUACCUCGUCGUCGCCAAGACCGAGAAUAGUCAAGAAGCCUCAUUCUGGGGAAGCCUCUGCGCCCUGUUUUGGCUCAUUAUUUGUGAGUAUGCCUUUUUCUUCUGA